GGGCGAGGCGGGGCGGGGCGUCGCGCGCGGUGGGGGCGGGGCAUGGCGCGCUGUGCGGCGCAGGGCGGCUGGCACAAACGGCGGCGCCGGGGCCGGAGGAAAAACCUCGCCACCCUGAAGGGUCCCUUCCCAAGCCCUUAGGGACGGCGGAGGACUUGGGGACCUGCAAGCAAUCCCCGGGGCACUAGAAGAGCUCUCGCUGUUUGCCCUGCCUCACCCUGCCUCACGCCAGGCCCGGUGGCCCCCAGCUGCAUCAAGUGUAGGCGGAGGAGGGUGGCACCAUGGGCCCGGGCGGUGCCCUCCAUGCCCGGGGGAUGAAGACAUUGCUGCCAUGGACAGCCCGUGCCAGCCACAGCCCCUAAGUCAGGCUCUCCCUCAGUUACCGGGGUCUUCGUCAGAGCCCUUGGAGCCUGGCCGGGCCAGGAUGGGGGUGGAGAGUUACCUGCCCUGUCCUUUGCUCCCCUCCUACCACUGUCCAGGAGUGCCCAGUGAGGCCUCGGCAGGGAGUGGGACCCCCAGAGCCACAGCCACCUCUACCACUGCCAGCCCCCUUCGGGAGGGCUUUGGUGGGCAGGAUGGUGGUGAGCUGCGGCCGCUGCAGAGUGAAGGUGCCGCAGCGCUGGUCACCAAGGGGUGCCAGCGACUGGCAGCCCAGGGUGCCCGGCCUGAGGCCCCCAAACGGAAAUGGGCCGAGGAUGGUGGGGAUGCCCCUUCAUCCAGCAAGCGGCCCUGGGCCAGGCAAGAGAACCAGGAGGCAGAGCAGCAGGAGGGUGGUAAGAGCUGCGGCUGCAGCAGUGGCAGUGGUGAGGCCCGCGCUGGGCUGGUGGAGGAGGUGCUGCCCUCUGCGCCUGAGCGCCUGGCCCUGGACUAUAUCGUGCCCUGCAUGCGGUACUACGGCAUCUGUGUCAAGGACAGCUUCCUGGGGGCAGCACUGGGUGGCCGCGUGCUGGCCGAGGUGGAGGCCCUCAAACGGGGUGGGCGCCUUCGAGAUGGGCAGCUGGUCAGCCAGCGGGCGAUCCCGCCGCGCAGCAUCCGUGGGGACCAGAUUGCCUGGGUGGAAGGCCAUGAGCCAGGCUGCCGAAGCAUUGGUGCCCUCAUGGCCCAUGUGGACGCCGUCAUCCGCCACUGCGCAGGGCGGCUGGGCAGCUACGUCAUCAACGGGCGCACCAAGGCCAUGGUGGCGUGUUACCCAGGCAACGGGCUCGGGUACGUAAGGCACGUUGACAAUCCCCACGGCGAUGGACGCUGCAUCACCUGUAUCUAUUACCUGAAUCAGAACUGGGACGUUAAGGUGCAUGGAGGCCUGCUGCAGAUCUUCCCUGAGGGCCGGCCGGUGGUAGCCAACAUCGAGCCACUCUUUGACCGGUUGCUCAUUUUCUGGUCUGACCGGCGGAACCCCCACGAGGUGAAGCCAGCGUAUGCCACCAGGUACGCCAUCACUGUCUGGUAUUUUGAUGCCAAGGAGCGGGCAGCAGCCAAAGACAAGUAUCAGCUAGCAUCAGGACAGAAAGGUGUCCAAGUACCUGUAUCUCAGCCGGCUACGCCCACCUAGUGGCCGGGUACCAGAGCCGCAUGGCAGACAGCUUGCCCUGACUUCAGGAGAGCCCUGCGCUCGUGCUGGCCGCUCCUUCCCUGCCACCGCUGCUGCUUCUGACUCUGCCUCUGUCCUGCCUGGCGUGGAAGGCUCUGUCUGUUGCUGAGGACCAAGGAGCAGAAGAGACCUCUGCUGCCCCAUGAUGGGGGCUGGGGUUGUGACCGGGACCGGGGGCAGCCUUGGAGGCCACCAUUACCAACUGAGGCUGGGGGCCUGGGUCCUACCCUGUCUGGUCAUGACCCCAUUAGGUGUGGAGAGCUGGGAGGAGGCAUUGUCACUUCCCACCAGGAGGCAGGAUUUGGGGUUGCGGUGAGUCAUGGCCUCUUGCUGGCAAUGGUGUGGGGGGAGUACCCCCAAGCCCUCUCACUCGUCCAGCCUGGAAUGUGAAGUGACUCCCCAACCCCUGUGGCCAUGGCAGGCACCUUUGCGACUGGGCUGCCACUGCUUGGGCAGAGUAGAAGGUGCCAGGAGGAGCAUGGGUGUGGAAGUCCUAUCAGCCAAGAAAUAAAAGUUUACCUCAGAGCUGCACA